AUGUUCUCAAAUCUCAAGUAUAACAAGGUCGAAAGCGACGAUGAUGACGCUGGAGAAAGAUCCAUAUACUCUUCCGGCCCUACAAAAGGGACGUUUUACGGAAUAAUCGCCUUGUUUUUCUUGUCCAACACGAUCACUUACUAUAUCGCUUCUUCCGAUUUUAUUCCAAAUGAUUACAAUCGAGAUAUCAGCCCACACGCGGGUUUAACACGAGAUUUUCCAUUCCCACUGGGAACUCAUAGUCCAUAUGUCGAUAAGAACGAGACUCUACGGAACGAGAUGUGGGAAGCAAUCAGCAUCGACGCAGGUAUGAUAGCUGUCCCGGAACCAUUUGUAUCCGACAAAAAUCUUCCCCCAUCUCAAAAGCUAGUUUGGGAUAAGAGCAAAAGUGUGUAUCUGCUCAACGGGCAUCACACUUUGCGUUGCGUAAGAGCAGUCUACCUCUCCUUGAUGGAGUUUUGGCAAGGAAAACUGCAAUCGCGUCGUUGGGAACAUGUGAUUCAUUGCGUUGACCAGCUCCGACAAGAAGCCAUCUGCAACGCUGACGAUACGCCUCGAUAUUCCACAGCCGAUGACAUUCCAGUUUCGGGAAUGGGUCAAGUUCGAUUGUGCAGAAACUGGGAGAAGCUCGAAGAAUGGGCAAAGAAGUACAACUCCUGCUACCGUUAUGUCAAUCAAACAGCUUCUUAUAAAGAAUUUCCGCAAAUCGAGCGUUUUAUUUGGUGUCCUGAAGAUUCUCCAUACAAGGAGGCGGUUGAACAGGUGUUCGGGCAUGUGGAGUGGUAA